CCAAGAUGUGUGGGUCCGGCAGCCCAACUGGCCAUUUCACUCCGAAUACUACAGAAGCCUGUACACUGCGUUCAAGAGGUAGGCUGAGAAAUUAGACUACUUUCGAAUCUCACAUCAUUAUGUGCUCUUUUUCAAUGUCUUCUGCUGUUAUUAACAAAUAUAUUGCUGACAGGGGCUAAACUGUACAGUCCAUAUAAGUAAGUAAUGUUACGCAAACCCUUUCAACACAUGCUUACAGCCAAUAUACAGUUUACUGUAGGAUCCAAUCCCGAUGCAUUUUUUGUCGCUGCUUCAGACAAUUGUCCCAGCAAGGGCUGGAUACAAUCAGACAUAAUGGAAGUCCCGACUGAAUUCUCAUACGACCCCGGGCUCAAAUGGGCUACUCAACGAGAUGAGCAUGGCAGCCUGGUUCCUAUUUUGCUUCUCCACUGGAGAGCACCAUCUGAUGGUAGUAUAACAAAAAUGCAAGGCAGUGAAGUGACUGUGCUGGAGAAGUGCACCAAUCAGACGAUUUGCAUUCGCUACAUUUUUAGCAACACCUUAACGUCAAGUGUCAACGGAAACCACAACCCAUGGUCAUUCUCAUCAGACAUAGUGGUGGUAGACCCUGGAUGCCAGUACUCAAUCUCUUUCUCCUACUUGCCCAAACUAAAGAAGAGAGGAGAAAGAGAUUUUCAAGGCACCCUGACAAAAGACAUUUCAAUUCCUGACUGCAAUAAUUCCUCAAUCAAAGAAAGUGCUGAAUGUGUUAAGCGCGGAAGCCUUUGGCAGCCUAACAUCACAUGGACUGAAUCACAAAGUUUUAACCAAUUGGUCAUUUUGAUAAGCUUUGAAAAGUGGACAUAUUCAGAGAAUUAUAAAGUUGAGAUCAGCGGCAGAACGUUUCAUGAUUCUCACAACAUUCAGAAGGCCAAUCAGAAGAGACUGAGUACAAAUUUCACACUGAACUUACUGUCUCUGACUCAAUCAAAUGAAUCAUGCCUGUUGCCUAUUGGGGUCACACCAUUUUCUGAGCAAUGCAUAAGACACUGUGUGGAUCACUGGGAUAAAAUAAAUAUAUGUAACUACACUUCCUUACCUCCCAGGAAGAGACUUGCUUGGAUCAUUCCUGUACAACUUUUGGUGGUACUGACUGGAGGUUAUCUCGUGGUUUUACUGCAUCGGUGUUUUCAUGGAGAUGUCUCUCCAAGUAUUUCGAUAAGCCCCAAGACCGACCAAUUAGAGAGCAUCCCAAUGAGGACGCAGAGAGUUCUCAUCCUCUACUCCGUUGACCACCCACUGUACAAGGAGAUCAUCCUGAAGCUGUGCGCCUUCCUGAGAGUCAAGUGCGGCGCUGAGGUGACCCUUGACCUGCUGGACUCGGCCUGGCUCAGCACCAUCGGCAAGGUCCAGUGGCUGGAGAUGCACAGGGAGCGGGCCGGCCGCUCUCCCUCCGACAAGAUCCUCAUCCUGUGCUCGCGUGGCGUGGCCGCCAAGUGGCGGGCCAUGUGCGGUAGCGGGCGCGCCGUGACGCUGCGCGAGGACCAGGCCUCCGCCGUGGGCGACAUGCUCACGCCCGCCCUGGCGCUCAUCGUGCCCGACUUUGUGCGCUCCGCCUCCCUGGAGAGGUACAUGGUGGCGUACUUCGAGGAGGUGAGCGGCGAGGCCGACGUGCCGUCGCUCUUCCACGUCACGGUCAAGUACAAGCUGAUGAAGCACUUCGAGGAGCUGGUCUUCAGGAUCCUGGGCCAGGAGCAGCACGAACCCGGCAGGGUGAAGCGCAUCUACGGCAUCGCAGAGGACGACUACUUCCUCUGUCCAACAGGAAAGGCCCUGCGAGAUGCCAUUGAGGCUUUCCAGGCAUACCAGCUAGGCAACCCUGACUGGUUUAAUCAAGAGCUUGUAGGUUAUACAGGGGAGAAGGAUAUUGAUCGAGAUUGUGAGCCUCUUGUAGAGAGUGUGUGUAGCCAUAUUCAGGAGGUCCCGGACAUCGAAGGAUCUUUUCUCCACACCAAUAUGGAGUUAAAUCAAGCUGUGUCCUAUGCCAGCUCCAACAAAGAGAACACAUGUGUCUACCCGUCAGUUAAUGAACUUGUGUUAGGGGUCUCUCCUGAGACCACCCAGUGCCAGGUGUAUCUCAAAGACAACUAUUGUUGAGGGUACGAUAACAAAUUAUUCGCUGCAUAUACACUUUGCUCAGAAAAACUAAAAAAAAAUGUGAAGACUCGCACAGGUGUAAAGGACAUUAAAGGAUAUCCAGCAUGCAUGACUGUGAGGACUAUCCAAGCCAGAACUGAAUGUCAGUGUCUGUUUACUAGUCACUCAUCCUUGCAAAUAAAUUUACCAUCAGGAUACCUGUGAUUUGAGGAUGAGUGGCAUCACUGGGAAUUAGAUAUGCAUUCUUCAUGUCCAAGUGUAGGCUAGUUGAUGACCAUACACUAUGGAGUGGAAUGAACUAAGCAUAGCCUAUACAUUCCCAGGUCUGUCGUGUAAUAGUAAUGCAUUAUUUUAAAAACCAAGUGUGAAGCUAUCUUGUAAUUAGUAAGUGAUUCAGUAAGUGUAUUCAUAUUCAUGGUUGGUUGUUGACUUCAGGCAUUGAAGCCUACUGAAUAAAUGUUGUUGUUUUUGCUUUCAAGCUCAUGUGCGUCACUGACC